CAUAAACUUUCCUUUCGCCGUUAAGGCACAAACCAUCACCACCGUGUUUGUGCCCAGUGACCAAAAAUCGGGUCAUUGGCGUAGUUAGUAUUGUUAUUUGUAGUGAAAGAGUAAUUCCAAAUGCCUCCCAAGAAAGGAAAGAAGGGUAAGAACAAGGAUGACUGGGAGUCUGACCAAGAGGAGGCGAAGACGAAGGGGAAGAUAGUGGACAGCGAUGACGAAAGCACUCCAUCUGUCACUGGUAACCAGAAGAAAAACAAGAAAAAGAAAGGCAAGAAUAAACAUGAGGAGAGCGAUGAGGAGGUAAUAAGCACAACAGUGAACGAUGAUGAGGAUGGGAAGAAAAAGGGUAAGAAAAAGAAAGGUGGAAAGGGGAAGAAUGACUUGAGUGAUGACGAGGUGUCCAACACAACUGUCAGUACCCCAAAGCAGGCUGACAAUUCGCAGAAGAAAGGGAAAGGGAAGAAAAAGGGUAAGAAAGAUAUCUGGAGUGAUGAUGACGACGAGAAAGUCAUCGACAUUAACAAGGUGAGUCACAGUGAGGACGAGUCGAAGUUCGAUGACAAGAACCCUGGCAAGCAACCCAAGAAGAAAAAGGAAAAGAAGAAAAGGGGCAAGAAAGAUGAAGACUGGGAAGAAGAGGAAGAGAAACUGGCAGAGAAGAUGAUCAAUCUCCAGGUUGCAAGUGACGAGGAGGAGGAGGAGUUCACACCCAAAAUCCAACAGAAGAAUAAAAAGCAGAAACAGAAGAAAUCAAAGAAGAAGGUUCAGGAGAGCUCAGAGGAAGAAGAUGUGGAUGGCAUGGGAGAUGAUGAAGAUGAAGAUGAAGAGGAAAAGGAAGUGGAAGUGAAGAAGGAGGUGCAACCUCCCAAGGAGGAGGAGGUACCUGUCAGUGAAGUUCCUCAGGAAAAAACGAAGCAGAAGGAAGAAGUUGAGAAAGAUGAAAAAAAGAGCAAAGGAAAGGAACAGUCGAAGAAAGAAAAGUCUCCCACACCCGAUUCAGAAUCUAUGGAAGUAGAUAAUGAGGAGGAGCCUCCCACAUUAGAUGAGGAGGAAGAUGAUGAAGAGGAAGAGGAGGAAGAAAGUGAAGAGGCAAAACUCAAGCGUAAAAGGGCUGAAGAGAGAGAGGCCCUAAAGAAGCUUUCCCAUAAGGAGAGAAAGAAAAUGAAGCAGAAAUUAGAAUAUGAGAGACAGAUGGCCACCAUGCUAGUAAAGGGUGGCCAUGGCACCUCUGCCCUUGAUGACACCUUUGCUGUUUCGCAGGCAGAGAAGUCAGAGAAGCAACAAAGUCAGAUGGAAAAUGCUGUCGAUAUAAAGAUUGAAAACUUCAGCAUUUCGGCUAAGGGUAAGGCCCUGUUUACAAAUGCUUCCCUCCUCAUUGCCAAUGGACGUAGAUAUGGCCUUGUUGGACCAAAUGGGCAUGGUAAAACUACGCUGCUUCGCCAUAUACAAUCAAGAGCCCUUAACAUUCCCCCUAAUAUAGAUGUCUUAUACUGUGAACAAGAAGUAAUUGCUGAUGACACUCCUGCCAUAGAUGUAGUCUUGAAAGCUGAUGAGAAACGUAAUAGUCUUAUAAAAGAGAGGGAUCAACUCGAAGCUGACAUGAAAAAGAAAAACAAAACAGUUGAUAUGGAUCGUUUGCAGGAAGUUUAUGAUGAACUCAAGGCCAUUGGAGCUGAUACAGCUGAGCCAAAAGCAAGGAGAAUUCUUGCUGGUCUUGGCUUCACAAAAGAGAUGCAGGGUAGAGCCACAAAGAAUUUCUCUGGAGGAUGGAGAAUGAGGGUGUCAUUAGCCAGAGCUCUGUUCAUGGAACCUACGCUUCUCAUGCUUGAUGAACCUACAAAUCAUCUUGAUCUUAAUGCGGUUAUUUGGUUAGAUAAUUACUUACAGGGUUGGAAGAAGACACUGUUAGUUGUUUCCCACGACCAGUCUUUCCUCGACAAUGUUUGUACUGAUAUUAUUCAUUUAGACCAGUGUAAGCUCUUCUAUUAUAAGGGAAAUUAUUCCAUGUUUAAAAAGAUGUUGGUCCAGAAACGUAGGGAACAAUUAAAGGCUUAUGAAAAGCAGGAAAAGAGAAUAAAGGAGAUGAAAGCUUCAGGAGCCACCAAGAAGCAAGCUGAAAAGAAGACUAAGGAAGCUCUUACUAGGAAACAAGAAAAGAAUCGUGCCAAGAACAAGAAGGAUGAAGAUGAAGAUGGCCCAACGGAACUGUUGCUCCGACCACAGGAGUAUAUUGUCAAGUUCAACUUCCCUGAACCACCACCUCUUCAGCCUCCAAUUCUUGGACUGUACAACGUUACAUUUUCGUAUGAAGGUCAUAAACCUCUUUUUAAGAAAGUUGACUUUGGUAUUGACAUGGAGAGCCGUAUCGCAAUUGUGGGUCCUAAUGGCGUGGGAAAAUCCACAUUCUUGAAAUUACUUGUUUCGGAGCUGACCCCCACGGAGGGGGAAGUUCGUAAGAAUCACCGUUUGAAGAUUGGACGAUAUGACCAGCAUUCUGGUGAGCAUUUAACAGCUGAAGAAUCUCCAUCAGAAUACUUAAUGAGACUUUUCAAUUUACAGUAUGAAAAAGCUAGAAAAUCCCUUGGCACAUUUGGUCUGGCUUCUCAUGCUCAUACUAUUAAAAAUAAAGAUCUUUCUGGAGGUCAAAAAGCCCGUGUUGCUCUAGCUGAACUAUGCUUGUCAUCUCCUGAUGUACUGAUUCUCGAUGAACCUACCAACAACUUAGACAUUGAAAGUAUUGAUGCCUUGGCAGAAGCCAUUGCAGAGUAUAAGGGUGGUGUUAUCAUAGUUUCCCACGACGAACGCUUAAUCCGUGAAACAGACUGUACUUUGUGGGUCAUUGAAGAACAGACAAUUAAUGAAAUAGAAGGUGACUUUGAUGAUUAUCGUAAAGAGUUGUUGGAGGAACUUGGUGAAGAAAUCAAUAAUCCUAGCGUUGCAGCGCAUAAUGCUGCUGAUCUGUAAGUUCAUGUGUUGUUUAAGAUUUGUUUGUAUAGGACUUGAAGAUUUUAAUCAUGCAGUAUGCUUAGCCUUGACAAUUUUUAAACAACUUGGAGUUUAAUCUGGAAAUAAAUUUGCUUAUUUUGA